UUCUCCCUCAUGGCAAUCGCAGUCUAUAACGUCUCUGCAACCACCGCCAGGGUGAGCUGGCCCCCGUCGGCCGGCUGCCUGGACACCUUCUACAGCGUCAUGUACAGCCCCAACUGGAACAGCCUGCUCAUGGCCUUCAAGCGUAAGAGCUUCAUGCACGAGGAGCGCAUCCCCGUCAGCCAGACCGCCGCCCACCUGGCCAACCUGCUCCCGCAGACCACCUACUUACUUUGCGUCACGUGCCAGGCCGCCAACCCGGUGCGUGACCAGUGUCAGGUGUUCGGCACCCUGAGCGACAGCGGCGAGGGGCAGGAUCGCGGCGGCUGGGAGCUGGCCACGGGUGCCUGGCUGACCUGCUGCCUUCUGCUACUGGUCAUCGCCGGCGUUUUGUUGUGGGGUUGCCUGCACGGCGUCUGCGCGGGGCGAGCGGGCGGCGGCAGACAAGGAUGCUCGGUGGUGACCGACGCGGUCCGGUUGGGUCGCUCGUCAACCGGGCGAUUAUACACGCCGCGGGGAAGCGGCGACAACGGCAGCCAACGCGGCCACCACCACGAGCUCAGGACGCUGGCUCGGCUUGCUGGGAGCGAGCCAGCUUGA